CUUAGCAGUGUCUUUUCUUGUAUCAUGGGAGAGCAGAAUCAGCCUAAUUCCCUAGGAACACAAUGGACAUUUCUUGGAAGUACAAAUGAUUCUUAUUAUCUAGCGGGCCAUGAACUUAACAAGCAGUACAUGGCUGGAGUUGGAAUUGAUGGGAUCCAUUGUGUUCCUGUGCCUUCACCUCAGUGGAUCUAUGACCAGCAAACGCCACAUAAUUAUGUAGAAUAUCUUGCAGAGAAUGUGGUCUCUGAGGUUCAAGUAGAUGCUUCGGUAGAAGCUUCUGGUUUCAGACUACUCGGGGGAUCUGCUGACAUGAUUUCUCAGGAGAUAAGAUAUCCGAGGCCUUAUCAUGAAGAUGUACCACCCAACCAUUUAAAUGGCUCAGAACAUCAACGAGGUGCCUUGACAUGGGAGCCAAGAGGAAAUGCCAGGCAUGCUUCUGGGCCUUGCUCUGAAGCAUCAGCUGCUGGGUCAUCGUAUCCUUCCAAAAGCUCUAGAAAAGCAAGAGCUGCAUUAUCUGACCGGCAUCGCAGGAUGAAAAUUGCUGAAAGAAUAGAUGCAUUGGGAGAACUAUUUCCAUGCUCUAAACAGGGUGGAAAAGCAUCUCAAAUGGAUGAAAUUAUUGAUCAUAUCAAAUAUCUGCAGUUCCAGAUGAAGGAUCUCAGUAGGAGCAGACUGGGUGGUGAACCUACUUCUAUCCCGUUUGUAUUUCUUGAGGGGUGUGGCCAUUACAUUCUUGAUGAACAACAGAUUGAACCUCUGGAAGACACAAUGGGCAAGUUGCUGGAAGUGAAUCCUUCAAUGGCAACCCAAUUGCUGGAGAGUAAGGGCCUAUUUGUGAUGCCUAUGGCUCUGGCAGAAGGACUGCAUCAUCAUGAGUAGAAACUGAAAAAAAACAGGUCUACAUAUAACUUCCCAUGCAAACUUAGGGCAAAGAAUUUUGAAAGUGUUAAUUAGGCAAGAAAAAUAUAGUAUAAUUUUGUGUAAGCAAAGUUAAGAAGAUAAAUCUUUGUAUUAUUCUGCUAUGUGUCUCAACUCUAGCUUCAACUUACACUGUCAAAUAGGUGCUCAUUAUCUGCUUUAUCUAUUUUUUGUUAUCAAA